AUGUCCUCUGCACGCGCAAGAAUGGUCGGCGAAGACAUCAAAGAAAAGUUUACUACCCUGCUCAGCCAAAAUCCUUCCCUCACGCCGGAUGAAGCGAUGAAACGGACCGAAGCUAUGAUGCUUGCUAAUAAUCCGUUCCAACCACCAACUGGCCGCCGGUGUCCUAUCAACGACCUGCCAAACGAGCUUUUGGGCCACAUCUUCUUCCUUGGUGCGUACGAAGACGACGAAGAAGAGGACGAGGAGGAAGAUGAAGACGAGCACUCUGACGACGAUGAUGCGUUUGACCUUGCUCGCAGGUGGGAGACGUCGAGCGAAGGUCCUAGCGACGAUGCGUCCUCUGCGCCUGACGAUGCCAAAGACAAGGAUGAUAUCGAGAUGGGAAGCUGUAGCGACUCCUCGGGCUCAUCCUCGUCGUUCUCUUCAGACGACGACGACGAUAGACAAUUACCUUUCCAAGUAGUCGCGUCGCAUGUUUGCAGCAAAUGGCGUUCAGUCGCCUUGUCUACUCCUUCUCUGUGGAAAACAAUCAAUAUUUGUCCAUACGACAGUCCCUUUGACCGCUGCCGAGCUUAUAUCGAACGGUCGGGAGGGCUUCCGCUCAACCUCGAUAUCGACCUUACUCUGGAAGAGUACCAAGUCGACAUCGAGGGUGAUGAAGACCGAGGGGUAGAGGUUGAUGUAGAUGGUGAUGACGAAGGCGAAGGCGAAAUCACAACCAUCACCAUCACACGUUCCGGCAGUGUCGUUGCUAGAGAUGAUGGCUCCGACAAUGGUACAGGCGAUCCCGCAGACAGUGCGUGCUCGGAUAAGGAUAUCGACCUUAUCCUCGACAUCAUAUGCCCACAUUCAAAGCGAUGGCGAAGCAUAGCAGUAGCAGCUACUCACUACAAGUCAUUACACCGAGUACUCGUGCGCUUUGACACGCUCCCUCCGGCGCCGCUCCUGGAGGAGUUGCAGUUGCAGCAUCUCGCAGAAGAAGAUUUAGAUCCCGAAGCAGUGUUCAAUCCUCCUUCUCUGAAGCUUCCGUAUUUUGUACCUUUCCAAGGCAAAGCCCCAAACCUCCGAAGUCUGUCUCUCUGGGGUAUACAUUUCGGUUGGGACGAGGCUUGUCUUGAGGAAAAUAACACCGCUACGACCAUAAACUCCCAAAAAUCCCCUCGAACCACCCUUUUUGACAGCAUGGAACAGCUAACCGAGCUCGAACUUGCAUAUCACGUUUCUGACGUCCGACCCUCCUUCGUUGCAUUUGCCUCCAUCCUUCGACGAUCGCCCCUCCUCACAAAACUAGCUCUUUCUGCCUCCGGGCCUGCUGGGUCCCCGAGCGAUUGGUUCAUCCCUGGUACCAAAGUCCUCCAAAAAAUCGCCCUCCCCAAGCUCAGCGAACUCGACUUGCGCUUUCAUGAACCCGACUAUGCUGUCGGUCUUGUUCAAGCCCUCGAUAUGCCCUCACUGCGUCACCUCACAAUCGACUUCGACUCGGCGGACUACACGGACUUCGUGAAAGUCCUUGCUGGCCAAUCAAUCAGUGAUCGAACGGCACAGCUCACCGGCGGUCGCAAGCAGCGCUCGAUUCUCAGUGGGUUGGAAUUUCUCAAAAUAUGUAGUCUUCCGUGCGACAAACGGCGCCGGGACCUAUUGCUCGGGGAGCUGCAAAAUGUAAAACAUCUCUUCCUCAAAUGUGCGUCAGAGGACGUAGCGGAUAUUUUCGCGAGGCUACAGAAUCCGAAUCCUUCAGCUACGUCUUCAGAGGGAUCAGAGAAUCCGGUCAUGUUCUGCCCUCUGUUGAAGACGCUCUCGACGACCGACAUCACUGGAAAGGAAAUGAUAGAGGUUGUCAGAGCGCGCGCAGAGGCUGGUGUGCCUCUUGCGAAGGUGUGCAUGUGCGAGGAAGACAUCGUCACCCCGAAAGAUUCAAAAUGGCUAUAUGCGCAUCUCCCGGAGGGCUUGGACAUGUUUGUUGACAGUGACGAAGAGGAGGAAGUAAUGACUGAUGAAGAGUGGGAAGAUGAGGGCGCCGACUUCCUUUGA